GCAGUCGGUGCUCGUACGUGGCGCGUGCUGGUCGUCUGCGCCUCGGUUUUUGUGACGUAGUGUUAUGAUAGUCUAUGAGUUGUUCGAACAAAUCGUGAAAUCAAAAUGAAAGUGGACAAGGAGUUGAGUAUUGCGGGUCCAGUGGACAAUAAGCCUAUUUUGUCCGACAGGAAGGGCAGCUUGAAGGUGACCAUUACUCCGGCUCAGCACAAGACCCUUACGCACCUUCCGAAGAGGCCGCCAGUAGAUUUGGCCUUCACUGACCUGACUUACAGGGUGCAGGAGGGCAGGAAAAGCAAUGUCAAGACUAUUCUCAAAUCGGUGUCCGGUCGGCUCCGAUCCGGCGAACUUACGGCCAUCAUGGGUCCGUCCGGCGCCGGAAAGUCCACACUACUUAAUAUUCUUACAGGAUACAGGACCUCAGGAAUGGAAGGAAGCAUCACAGUGAACGGUAUGGAGCGAAACCUUUCCAGUUUCCGGAAGCUCUCCUGCUACAUCAUGCAAGACAAUCAGCUCCAUGGCAACUUGACUGUGGAGGAAGCUAUGUCGGUAGCUACUGCCUUGAAAUUGCCGAGUGCUACCACUUGGGCAGACAAGCAGGAAGUGAUACAAGAAAUUCUCGAAACCCUCGGCCUGUCGGAGCACCACAAAACUAUGACUUCCAACUUGUCAGGUGGCCAGAAGAAGCGAUUGUCUAUCGCAUUAGAGUUAGUGAAUAAUCCACCGAUCAUGUUCUUCGACGAGCCUACCUCCGGGCUGGACAGUUCCUCGUGUUUCCAAUGCAUCUCGUUACUGAAGACACUGGCGAGAGGUGGACGGACCAUAAUCUGCACUAUUCACCAGCCGUCUGCCCGGCUGUUCGAGAUGUUCGAUCAUUUAUACACUCUGGCUGAUGGGCAAUGCGUCUACCAGGGUAGCACUGGUUGCUUGGUUGACUGGUUGGGCAGCCUCAGUCUGCAAUGUCCCGCGUAUCACAAUCCAGCAUCUUUCAUCAUCGAAGUGUCCUGCGGCGAGUACGGCGACAAUACAGGGAAACUGGUACGGGCUAUCGACAACGGCAAGCAUGAUAUCAGGGCUGGCCACCCGUUCCCGAAGAGCAAAGUCCCGGACUACAACAACAAACGGGACAUGGAGAUGUCCCUAUCUGUGGAGAAGAACAAGAACGAUCUCUCACAAAUCCAGGAAAAAUUCACAGACGGAAACCGGGACUCGAACGGGAACGGCAAUUUGCAAAACGGGAUACUGCAGUUCGCCGCCAACGAAAUAUCCAAAGGCAAAGGUGAACCGUUAGUGCUCCAGAUGGAGGAGAAGCAGGACAACGUGGAGGUGGCGCUGUUGGGCAGCGAGGCGUCGCCGCGCCGGUACGCCACCUCCGAGUUCAAGCAGUUCUGGGUGGUGCUCAAGAGGACGCUACUGUUCAGCAGGAGGGACUGGACUCUGAUGUACUUGCGUCUGUUCGCUCACAUCCUGGUGGGCUUCCUGAUCGGCGCGUUGUACUACGAUAUCGGCGACGACGGCUCUAAAGUGUUGUCAAACCUCGGUUUCCUGUUCUUCAACAUGCUCUUCCUCAUGUACACCUCCAUGACCAUCACUAUACUCAGCUUUCCCCUGGAGAUGCCGGUGCUAGUGAAGGAACAUUUCAACAGAUGGUACUCGCUCAGAUCAUACUAUCUGGCCAUCACAGUAUCUGAUAUACCGUUCCAGGCAAUAUUCUGCGUGAUAUACGUGGUGAUAGUGUACCUGCUGACGUCACAGCCGCCCGUCUUGUUCAGGUUCACGAUGUUCCUGUCCUCAUGCUUACUCAUCUCCUUCGUCGCCCAAAGCGUCGGAUUAGUAGUAGGUGCCGCUAUGAAUGUACAGAACGGCGUGUUCCUGGCGCCGGUGAUGUCGGUACCGUUCUUAUUGUUCAGCGGCUUCUUCGUAUCGUUUAACGCGAUCCCCAAGUACUUGCGAUGGAUCACGUACCUGUCGUACAUCCGGUACGGGUUCGAGGGGACCGCUCUGGCCACAUACUCGUUCAACAGGCCCAAGCUGCAGUGCCACCAGGUGUAUUGCCACUUCAAGAAUCCCGAAACUACGCUGGAAGAGCUGGACAUGCAGGACGCGGACUUCGGACUGGACAUCGCCGCCCUCUGUCUCAUAUUCGUGGUGCUUAGAAUUUCAGCAUUCCUGUUCCUACGCUGGAAACUCAAGGCCACCAGAUAAGCCUUAAAUUUAUUCACAUAAAGACUAAAUUUCCAAGACAGGUUAAGUAGUCGCUUGGAAGUUUGUAAAACUGAUUCUUGUUAAAUUAGGUAUUUAUUUUUCUAAGGCUCAAAUUGUAAAGUGUGAUAUUUCUAUAUCACACUUUAAGUAUUUUAAUUUUUGUUUCAUAAAGUAAAAAGUCACAAAAUGUAAUUACUUUAUUGUAAUCAAUUGAACAGAGUUUUGAUGAAAAUGAUUAAACAAACUUUUUUUUAUAUAAGUUUUAAAAACUUUCAAGCGGAUUGUAGUUAGUUACCUAUAAAUUAUAUGUGAUAGUUGGUGUUAAUGUUCGAAUAAUAUAUUUACUAAGUUUAUUCCAAAUAGUAUAUUAAUGUAUACAUAUGUAAUUAUAUACAGAAAAUAUAGACAUAGACAGUGUAAUCAUGAUACGGGGAUGCGAGAUGCAAAGAUUAUUUUAUUAUAAUAUAUUUUGAAGAAAAAAAGUACUACUUUCUCAUAAAUAUUAAUAGUAUUCAUACACGUAACGAUAUACUUGUGCUAGUUUAGAUUUGUACAAGCAUACAGUAACGUGCGUUUGAACAUUACUACGCAAAUUUCUAGACUCGCUAAAUAAUGUGCACUUGUGCAAGUCUUAACUUGCACAAGAAUAUUAGUACGUGUAUGACUACCAUAAUAUUUUUCCAUCGUUAGAAUUUAGAUUAUUAAUUUAUUUAUAAAGAGAUUCAUUUUAAAAAUUAUCCCUCAUAACGUGAAUAUCUUGAACAAAACCUACAUAAGUGAUAAAUAAUAUGGACUGUUAAGAUUCGUUAAUAAAAUUGGUGCUAUGAUAAUGCCUUGGGAUUUACAAAUAGAAUAAAACAAAUACAAUAUAAUAGGAAAAAAAAGAUUAUAUAAAACUGCACUAUUUUGUCUGAAUAUUGCCAAUUUAAUAAAUAAAGCUACUGUAGAUAAUAUAACUGGACAAUACUUAUAUAGAUUUGUUAUCGUUCGUUUGAAAAUAGACAAGCAGACAUAAAAUUCGAAUUCCGAUCGUUUGUAAAUGCAGAAAAUUAUAAAAUUGUAGAUCUUUCUGAAAAUGUCAUAUGUGUAUUGAUGUCCUGUUAUUGAAGUAAUGUAGGUAGUGUUAUAUGAAUGUUGCUCAUUUUCUCCGUCGUCUUGCCUUUUGGCUUGCCUUAUGUAUGUCCAUUAUACCCUAUAUUUAAGUAUAAUUAUGAAAAGAAUCAAAAAUAAAAACCUAUUU